AUGGCGGGCCUUCCUUCCGCCCAAUUCUCACCGCCGAGCGCCGGUGGUCUUCCCCGCCCCGUGCGGGAGGCGGAACGAAUCUCCCCUUCCGCCAUCGCCUUAGAAAUCGAGAAUCCCCCCAGUUUUCCCACUGUUGCGGGGGAAGCCGCCACAAAUGGCGCUACUAGCACUUACACCGACAGAGACGCGGAGGCGGGGCCCAGCGCGAAAGUCGCCGCUCCCCCCGCUUUCUCUUCCGCAGCGGCGGAUAUUUAUCGGGACGAGGCAGGCGGAGGGGGAACGGAGAUCCUUCCCGCGGAAGCGGGCGCGCGGGGAGCAGCAGGGGGCGGGGCGAGCAGCGGAGCGGAAGGGGGAAACGGCGGGGGAAGGGGGAACGGAGAGCAGGAUAGCGAAUCAAAUCUCCCACUUGAUGAUGACGUGGAAGACGAUUUAUCCCUCAUCACCCUGCAACGGCACGACGAUACCAGGCGACCCGCGCGCUUGAAACGCUUCUGUAGCCAACUCCUCUCUCCAGUCGCGAGCCCUACAACGGGGAUAGCGGCGUGGAUGCGGGAGCUAGGGCGCGUGUUCGGGUGGCCGCUGCUGGGAGUGGUGAUGGUGACGUAUGGGAUUAAUCAGGGGUAUGCUAGCUCUCUCACGGAUCUGUCGCUGAGUUAUUAUUGGAAGGACGUGCAGCAUCUGCAGCCCGCCGCUGCUCAGUUCUACAUGAGCUUCGUGGGCAUCCCAUGGGACGUGAAGCCGCUGUACGGCAUGAUCACCGACACCUUCCCCAUCCUCGGCUUCCAGCGGUGGCCCUACAUAGCUCUGUCAGGAGUCAUCGGCACAGCAGCGUGGUGGGCUCUGGGGGGGAUACCAGCGCUCGUGCCAGCAGUGGCAACGGCGCUGCUGGUGACACAGUCGCUGUUCUGUGCCGUGCCAGAUGUGGUGGUGGAUGGCAUGGUGGCGCAGGAGAUCCGCGUGCACCCCUCCUAUGCCGCGGAUUUGCAGACCCUCCCAGUAGCCUGUCUCGCCCUCGCCUCGCUCCUCACCUACACCAUCAGCGGCUCUCUCAUUGAACGCCUCGGCCCCUGCGGCACAUUCUUCCUCAUCUCCCUCGCGCCUUUCUCCCUCAUCGUGGCUGCGCUCCUGCUCCCUGAAACGCGCCUGCCCGAGGGCAAGAGGAGGGGAGAUGUGAGGAUGUUGAAGAGGACGUGGCGCCGCUUCAUUGGCUGUGCCAUGGUGUACGGGACGGGUAGCCGUGAACAUCACCUCGGGAAUGUCCUGUCCUUCUGGCUCACGGACGACCACCAGCACGUACACUCCAUAAAACUCACCUUUCCCCCCUGCCUCUUAGCCAUCCUGUCCGUCCACCAGGGCGGGGUGGUUCCGAACAUCACCUCGGGAAUGUUCUUCUGGCUAACGGACGAGAAGCAGGGUGCACAGCGCACUCUCACACCCUAUAACCAUGUCUGCCAUGCGUCCCACCACACUCCCUCUGCCGCCUCUACUCCUUCCGCCAUCCACCAGGGCGGGGUAGUCCCAAACAUCACCUCGGGAAUGUUCUUCUGGCUAACGGACGAGAAUCAGGGCCCGGGGUUCAGUGAGGUGUUUAUGGGCAUGGUGGGCGCAGUGGGGCAGGUGGGCAUGCUGCUGGGCGUCACUGCAUACAACCUCUGGCUGCGCCGCUUCACCUACCGCUCGAUACUCUUCUGCACACAGGUGCGUGUGAGUGAGUGA